AUGGAAAGCUAUGAGGCUUCGAAGCACUUCUUUGGUUGUAUGAUGAAAGAGGGCAGCUUCAACUUUGUGAUGAACUACAACAUGCAGAACAUGAACAAGGAGUUACCUGAACUCUUCUCCAUGUUGAAAGCUGCUGAGAUUGAGAUACAAAAAGAGCACCAAGUGUUGAUGGUCAACAAGACCACCAGUUUCAAGAAGCAAGGCAAACCUAAGAAGGGCAACUUCAAGAAGGGCGGUAAGAAAGCUGCCGCGCCUCCUGAGAAGCCUAAGGGUGGCCCUAAACCUGAUACUGAGUGCUAUUACUGCAAUGGGAAGGGGCACUGGAAGCGUAAUUUCCCCAAGUACUUGGCUGAUCUGAAGAGAGGCCUUGUCAAGAAGAAGAAAGGUAUAUCUGAUAUACAUGUUAUAGAUGUUUAUCUUACUGGUUCUCGUACUAGUAUUUCAUCAUACGAUUCAUCGGAUGACGAGUACGACCAAGAGGAAGAAGAGAACAUAUCGCUACUAUUAUCAUACCGCGCCGUUAAGAAGCCAAAAUUUUGUGGAUCGGUGUUCGGUAGACAGAUUGUGGAGAGAAAGGAUUGA